GCAGUAUCUUGUCGCCUUUCCUCGAGCUGAGAUUUCGAUUUGGGGAUACAAAGAUCUGGGAUGAAGAGAGAGAUGGGGAGCUACAAAAUGGGUUUGUGUUUCAGUGACAAGCUCAGGAUGAACAGAGGAGCUCCACCUCCGGAUGUAGUGACCGCGUUUGUAGAGUAUACCGAGGGCAGGAACCACAUGACGGCAGAUCAGUUAUGUCGGUUCUUGGUUGAGGCGCAGGACGAGACUAAGAUGUUGGUUUCAGAUGCAGAGAAGAUCAUAGAAAGAAUCACAUGUGAAAGACAUCAUAUCACUAAGUUCUUGAGGCAUACGCUGAACCUCGAUGAUUUCUUCAGUUUCUUGUUCUCAGAUGAUCUGAAUCAUCCAAUUGAUAGUAAGGUGCAUCAAGACAUGGCCUCUCCCUUGUCCCACUAUUUCAUUUACACGAGCCAUAAUUCGUAUCUGACUGGAAAUCAGAUCAACAGCGAAUGCAGCGAUGUACCUCUCAUAAAGGCAUUAAAGAGAGGUGUUCGAGCUCUUGAACUUGACCUGUGGCCUAACUCUACUAAGGACGACAUACUUGUUCUCCAUGGCUGGGCAUGGACACCUCCAGUGGAUCUGAUCAAAUGCUUGAGAUCUAUUAAAGACCAUGCCUUUUCUGCAUCUGCAUACCCUGUGAUCUUAACUUUGGAAGAUCAUUUGACCCCAGAUCUUCAAGCCAAAGCAGCUGAGAUGAUGAAAGAGAUAUUCAUGGAUAUGGUGUAUUUUCCCGAGGCUGGCGGUUUAAAAGAGUUCCCUUCACCAGAAGAUCUCAAGUACAAAAUUGUAAUAUCUACAAAGCCUCCCAAAGGUAAUUUAAAAAAGGACAAGGAUUCUGAGUCAGAUGUAUCAGGAAAGGCGUCAUCAGAUUAUUCAGAUGACCAAGUAGACGAUGGGAAGACUGAGGAAGAAACCAGCGAGGCCAAAAAUGAAGAGGAAGGAUUUGAUCAAGAAUCCAGCAACUUGGAUUUCCUCAGCUAUAGUCGCCUGAUAACGAUUCCUUCUGGAAAUGCUAAAAAUGGAUUGAAGGAAGCACUUACAAUCGAUAAUGGUGGAAUUAGACGGCUGAGUUUGAGGGAGCAGAAGUUCAAGAAAGCCACUGAAAUGUAUGGAACCGAAGUCAUGAAAUUCACACAGAAGAAUCUGUUGAGGAUAUAUCCCAAGGCCACACGAGUAAAUUCCUCCAACUAUAGACCCUACAACGGUUGGAUGUACGGAGCUCAAAUGGUCGCUUUCAACAUGCAGGGCUAUGGAAGAGCACUAUGGAUGAUGCAUGGUAUGUUUAGGGGGAAUGGUGGAUGCGGGUACGUGAAAAAACCGGACUUUAUGAUGAAAAAUGGUCUCGGUGGAGAAGUGUUUGACCCGAAAGCGAAAUUACCCAUAAAGACAACUCUAAAAGUGAAAGUAUACAUGGGCAAAGGAUGGGACUCUUGUUUCCAGCGAACAUGUUUCAAAACUUGGUCUUCUCCUAACUUCUACACAAGGGUGGGGAUAACAGGAGUGAGAGCUGAUAAGGUAAUGAAGAAAACAAAGAAAGAAGAAAAGACAUGGGAGCCAUUCUGGGACGAGGAGUUUGAGUUUCAGCUAACAGUACCGGAGCUAGCGUUGCUCAGAAUAGAAGUUCACGACUAUAACAUGCCGGAGAAGGACGAUUUCUCGGGUCAGACAUGUUUGCCUGUGUCAGAGCUAAGACAAGGCAUACGUUCUGUUCCUUUGUAUGAUCGCAAAGGCGAGAGACUAGUUUCAGUUACACUUCUCAUGCGGUUCUCUCUUUCUCUGCAGUUGCAUCCUCACACUCUUAAAAACAAUCCUCUAACCAAAUUCAAUCUCAUAGCAAUGGAGAAUCACAAGAGUUUAUUCACUUACAUGGACCAUAAAUUCAGCGAUUCAAGUCUCAACUUUGAUUCCUCUGCUUUCAGCGAUUGUAACAGUGACAGAUCCUGCGAGUUUCCAACAACUUCCUCCGAGAGCCGUCAACGAAAACUCUUCCACUCUUGCGCCGUUGAUAAUUCCGAUGAUUUGAUUCGAUGUCUCAUAAGACAUCUUGAGUCAUCUUCUUCGAUCGAGGAACAGAAGCAAGCUGCUAUGGAGAUUAGACUCUUAUCAAAGAACAAACCAGAGGAACGUAACAAAAUCGCUAAAGCUGGUGCGAUUAAACCGUUGGUUUCUUUGAUCUCGUCUUCCGAUCUUCAGCUUCAGGAGUAUGGAGUCACUGCGGUUUUGAAUCUAUCUAUCUGUGAUGAGAACAAAGAGAUGAUUAUUUCUUCCGGUGCGAUUAAACCGCUCGUUAAUGCGUUGCGGUUAGGAACACCGACGACUAAAGAGAACGCUGCUUGUGCUCUGCUUCGGUUAUCGCAAUUGGAGGAUAACAAAAUCGCGAUCGGAAGAUCAGGAGCGAUUCCUUUACUAGUGAACCUUCUAGAAAAUGGAGGAUUUAGAGCGAAGAAAGACGCGUCGACGGCGUUGUACUCGUUGUGUUCGACGAACGAGAACAAAAUCAGAGCUGUGGAAUCUGGGAUUAUGAAGCCGUUGGUGGAGUUGAUGGCAAAUUUUGAAUCGGAGAUGGUUGAUAAAUCGGCGUUUGUUAUGAAUUUGUUAAUGUCGGUGCCGGAAUCGAAACCGGCGGUUGUUGAGGAAGGAGGAGUUCCGGUGCUUGUGGAGAUUGUUGAAGCGGGAACACAGAGACAGAAGGAGAUGAGUGUGUCGAUAUUGUUGCAGCUUUGUGAAGAGAGUGUUGUGUAUCGAACCAUGGUGGCUCGUGAAGGAGCGGUUCCUCCGCUUGUGGCUUUAUCGCAGAGUAGUGCGAGUCGUGGUGCUAAGAAAAAGAACAAGAUGAAGGAAUCAUUCAAAGUGUGUUUCUGUUGUGUAAGAAGCUUCAAGGUGAAAUCAAGUGAGCCACCUGAAGAAAUCAAGAACCUUUUCCAUGAUUACUCUCAAGACGACAGGAUGUCUGCUGAUGAGAUGCUCAGAUUUGUGAUCCAAGUUCAAGGAGAAACACACGCUGAUAUAAACUACGUUAAGGAUAUCUUCCACAGACUCAAACAUCACGGCGUUUUCCAUCCUCGUGGACUUCAUCUUGAAGGAUUCUACCGUUAUCUCCUUAGUGAUUUCAACUCUCCAUUGCCUGUGACCCGCGAGGUUUGGCAAGAUAUGAAUCAGCCUUUAUCGCAUUACUUCUUGUACACGGGACAUAACUCUUACUUGACUGGAAAUCAGUUGAACAGUAAUAGCAGCAUCGAACCGAUUGUGAAAGCUCUGAGAAAAGGAGUUCGUGUGAUUGAGCUUGAUUUAUGGCCUAACUCUUCAGGAAAAGAAGCUGAAGUUCGUCACGGCGGGACGUUAACGAGUUGUGAAGAUCUGCAGAAAUGUCUUAAUGCGGUUAAGGAGAACGCUUUUCAGGUGUCUGCUUAUCCUGUUGUGCUUACUUUAGAAGACCAUUUAACUCCAACUCUUCAGAAGAAAGUCGCUAAGAUGGUAAGUAAGACAUUUGGAGGAUCAUUGUUUCAAUGUACGGACGAAUAUACAGAGUGUUUUCCUUCACCAGAAUCACUUAAGAAUAAGGUUUUGAUCUCAACAAAGCCACCAAAAGAGUAUCUGCAGACCCAAGUCUCUCAAGGUUCAACAACGGAUGAAUCCAUUAAAGCUAAAAAAAUUGCAGAUGCAGAAGAACAGGUUCAAGAAGAAGAUGAGGAGAGUGUAGCGAUCGAAUACAGAGACUUAAUCUCGAUUCACGCUGGGAACCGCAAAGGAGGACUGAAGAACUGCUUGAAUGGAGAUCCUAAGCGAGUCAUACGGUUAAGCAUGAGUGAGCAAUGGCUUGAGACUUUGGCUAAAACCCGUGGAUCUGAUUUAGUAAAGUUCACGCAGCGGAAUCUUCUCAGGAUAUUUCCCAAGACAACACGGUUCGACUCGUCUAACUAUGAUCCUCUCGUUGGAUGGAUUCAUGGUGCUCAAAUGGUUGCCUUCAAUAUGCAAAGUCAUGGGAGGUAUUUGUGGAUGAUGCAAGGAAUGUUUAAAGCCAAUGGUGGAUGUGGCUAUGUGAAAAAACCUGAUGUUUUGCUCUCCAAUGGUCCUGGAGGUGAAAUCUUUGACCCAUGUAGUCAAAAACUCCCGAUCAAGACUACUCUUAAGGUGAAGAUAUACACUGGAGAAGGAUGGAAUAUGGAUUUUCCUUUAGAUCACUUUGAUCGAUACUCUCCUCCUGAUUUCUAUGCAAAGGUCGGAAUCGCAGGGGUUCCAUUGGACACAGCAAGUUACAGAACAGAAAUAGAUACAGACGAAUGGUUUCCGAUUUGGGACAAGGAGUUCGAGUUCCCAUUGCGUGUUCCUGAGUUAGCUAUUCUGUGUAUCACAGUCAAAGACUACGAUAGUAACACUCAGAACGAUUUCGCUGGCCAGACAUGUCUUCCGCUGUCGGAGGUCAGGCCGGGUAUUCGUGCUGUCCGGCUCUAUGAUCGUGCCGGAGAGGUUUACAAGCACGUGAGACUGCUCAUGCGGUUUGUCUUGCAGCCUCGUUAGUCGCUUCGUGGAUAAUGUUCAUUUCAUCACUCCUGUCAAUGUCGGUACACGUUUUUUAUGUUUGUAAUGUUAAGGUGUCGGUACACAUUAGUCAGUCAUAUUAAGCCACACAAUAAUAAGAGAUGGGAAAAUAAAAAUUAAACGUAACU